AAUAUAGGCAUAGCAAUGCUCUCAUAGCAAAUACAUUGGAGAUGCUCUCAUGAGUUAUAACUAGAGAGAGAAUGAGUGGAGGAGGAGAAGGGAAGGUGGUGUGUGUGACGGGUGCUUCAGGUUACAUAGCAUCAUGGCUGGUGAAGCUCUUGCUUCUCCGGGGUUACACCGUCAGAGCUUCUGUUCGUAACCCAAAUGACCCAAAAAAGACUGAACACUUGCUUGCACUUGAUGGAGCUAAGGAGAGACUUCAUUUGUUUCAAGCAGACUUACUGGUGGAAGGAUCAUUUGAUCCAAUAAUAGAUGGAUGCGAAGGUGUUUUUCACACAGCAUCUCCUGUUCAUUUUUCAGUGACUGACCCACAGGUAGAACUAAUUGAUCCUGCAUUGAAGGGAACAGUUAAUGUGUUACGAUCAUGUGCAAAAGUUCCAUCUAUCAAAAGAGUGGUUCUAACAUCUUCUACGGCUGCGGUCAUUUGCAACCGAAAGAUGCUAACUCCUGGUUUACAUGUGGAUGAAACUUGGUUUUCUGAUCCAUUGUUUUGCAAGGAGUCAAAGCUUUGGUAUCAGCUUUCAAAGACGUUGGCAGAGGAGGCUGCUUGGAAAUUUGCAAAAGAGAAUGGGAUUGACUUGACUGUGAUUAAUCCAGGAUGGGUGUUUGGUCCUCUCUUACAACCUACUCUUAACGCAACUGUGGAGGUAGUUCUCAAUGUCAUAAAUGGAGCUAAAUCAUUUCCGAAUGCAUCUUAUGGAUGGGUUGAUGUUAGAGAUGUUGCCAAUGCACAUAUUCAAGCAUUUGAAAUACCUUCAGCUAGUGGAAGAUAUUGUGUUGUUAACGGAGUUGCACACUUCUCUGAGGUUGUGAAAAUUUUGCAUGAGCUUUAUCCUGCACUAGAUAUUCCUGAGAAAUGUGAAAAUGACGCACCAUUUCAGAUGGGCAACAUUGUAGUAAAUGAGAAGGCAAAAGGUUUGGGCAUUGAGUUCACUCCAUUAGAGGUGACCCUAAAGGAUACUGUUGAAAGCCUGAAGGAGAAAAACUUUGUUGCUCUUUGAAUCAUAGUAUUGAGUAGCAAGACAAGCAAACAAAUAUGAAAGGAUUAUGUUCUAUCCUAUAGUGUUCUGGUUUUGAAUUCCAUAUAUGCUGGUCAUUUGCUAGUACUGUCUUGUCCUCUUGUAAUGCAUAAUUUAGCACUGGCAAAAACAUCGUACAUGUCAGCGACUUGUGCUUUGUAAAUUUGUUUCUAUAUUUGAUUAUUUGAGAAAAAAUGUUGUGCAUUAAUUUCCCUUCAUUGGUUUCAUGCAAAUGAAUUUCGUGAAGUUGCCAAUUGCAGUUGUAAGUGGAAAUAUUGGCAUGUAUUGAUUAAAUAUAUGGCAAUUGGAUCU